AUGUCGUGGAAGCUGACGAAGAAGCUCAAGGAGACCCAUUUGGGUCCCUUGGCCAACACCUUCUCUCGAUCCCCCUCCACAUCUACUAUUACCGACAGCAGCGAAAAGGCUCAGGCCAAUAUCGCAGGCUCGGCAACUCCCACGAACGAGAACACUAUCGCUGCCUCUGAGGCCAUGGCGCAAGUACCAGUCGUCAAUCCUCCCAAGCCCGGCAUUCUCGUCGUCACCCUCCACGAGGGCCACGGAUUCUCCCUCCCCGAACAACACAGAGCGGCAUUUGCCUCGUCACACCAAGGUUCGCUGUCCACAGGCGGUGCUCUCAGCGUCGCCGGCUCUGUGCGUCCCUCUUCUUCACAACGAGGAGCUGUCGGCUCCUUCAUCAAUGGCGCGGCUCGGCCACAGACAUCUGGCGGUGGCUUCACUGGAAUCCCUACCAACCAUGGUCGCAUUUCCGGCAAGUACAUGCCCUACGCCCUGCUGGAUUUCGACAAGAUGCAGGUCUUUGUCAACUCGGUCGAGGGAACACCAGAGAACCCCCUCUGGGCCGGAGGAAAUACCCAGUACAAGUUCGAUGUGUCUCGCGUGACGGAACUCGUCAUUCACUUGUAUAUGCGCAACCCCCUCGCCACUCCCGGAUCUGGUCGUAGCCAGGACAUCUUCCUCGGUGUGGCCCGCAUCAAUCCUCGCUUUGAGGAGAAGCACCAGUUCGUCGAGGAUCCCAAGCUUAGCAAAAAGGAUCGCGAGAAGGCUGCGGCUGACUUUGCCGCCCGUGAGCGCGCCCUCGGCCAUAGCGGAGUCGAGUGGGUGGACGUGCAGUACGGAACCGGAAAGGUCAAGAUCGGUGUCGAGUACGUCGAGAAUCGCGCCGGCAAGCUCAAGAUUGAGGAUUUUGAGCUGCUCAAGGUGGUGGGCAAGGGCAGCUUCGGCAAGGUCAUGCAGGUGCGCAAGAAGGACACGAACCGAAUCUACGCCCUCAAGACGAUUCGCAAAGCACACAUCAUCUCCAGAUCCGAGGUCGCCCAUACCCUUGCCGAGCGCUCGGUAUUGGCGCAGAUUAACAACCCCUUCAUCGUUCCUCUCAAGUUCACCUUCCAGUCCCCUGAGAAGCUUUACUUCGUCUUGGCCUUUGUCAACGGAGGCGAGCUUUUCCACCACCUGCAAAAGGAGCAAAGAUUCGACGUCAACCGCUCGCGCUUCUACACCGCCGAACUCCUGUGCGCCCUCGAGUGCCUCCACGGCUUCAACGUCAUCUACCGCGAUCUCAAGCCCGAGAACAUUCUCCUCGACUACCAGGGACACAUUGCCCUCUGCGAUUUCGGCCUCUGCAAGCUGGACAUGAAGGACGAGGACAGAACCAACACUUUCUGCGGUACGCCCGAGUACCUGGCGCCUGAGCUGCUUAUGGGUCAGGGCUACAACAAGACGGUGGACUGGUGGACCCUUGGUGUUCUCCUGUACGAGAUGUUGACGGGACUGCCGCCCUUCUACGAUGAGAACACAAACGAGAUGUAUCGCAAGAUCCUCUCGGAGCCUCUCCACUUCCCCGGUCAUGACGUCGUGCCUCCUGCGGCCAAGGAUCUCUUGACCAGGCUACUCAACCGCGACCCUAAGGAGCGUCUCGGUGCCAAUGGAUCGGCCGAGAUUAAGGCCCAUCCCUUCUUCCACGCCAUUGACUGGCGCAAGCUUCUGCAGCGCAAGUACGAGCCUGCGUUCAAGCCCAAUGUGGUGGACGCCCUCGACACAGCCAACUUCGACCCCGAGUUCACGUCAGAAGCACCUCAGGAUUCGUACGUGGAGGGCCCGAUGCUCUCGCAGACGAUGCAGAACCAAUUCCAGGGCUUCAGCUAUAACCGACCUAUUGCGGGCCUGGGCGAUGCCGGAGGCAGCGUCAAGGACCCUUCCUUUGUGGGCAGCAUCCAGGACAACCGAUAG